AUGGCGGCGGCGGAGCCCGCGAGCUCUGCUCAGCCCACGCCGCAGGCCCAGGCCCAGCCCCCGCCAGUGCCGCCGCCUGGGGCGCCAUCCUCGCAGCCGCCCGCGGGGCUCGCGGCGGGCAGCAGCCGGCACGAGAAGAGCUUGGGGCUGCUCACCACCAAGUUCGUGUCGCUGCUGCAGGAGGCGCAGGACGGCGUCCUGGAUCUCAAGGCGGCUGCAGAUACUUUGGCUGUAAGGCAAAAGCGAAGAAUUUAUGACAUUACCAACGUCUUAGAGGGAAUUGAUCUAAUUGAAAAAAAAUCAAAGAACAGUAUCCAGUGGAAGGGUGUAGGUGCUGGCUGUAAUACGAAAGAAGUUAUAGAUAGAUUAAGAUUUCUUAAAGCUGAAAUUGAAGAUCUAGAGUUGAAGGAAAGAGAACUCGAUCAGCAGAAGUUGUGGCUACAGCAAAGCAUCAAAAAUGUGAUGGAAGACUCCAUUAAUAACAGAUUUUCCUAUGUAACUCACGAAGACAUCUGCAACUGCUUUAAUGGUGAUACACUGUUGGCCAUUCAGGCACCUUCUGGUACACAGCUGGAAGUUCCUAUUCCCGAAAUGGGUCAGAAUGGACAAAAGAAAUACCAGAUAAAUUUAAAGAGUCACUCAGGACCUAUCCAUGUGCUGCUUAUAAAUAAGGAGCCCAGUUCAUCUAAGCCGGUGGUUUUUCCUGUCCCCCCACCUGACGACCUCACACAGCCUUCCUCCCAGUCCUCACCAUCAGUGACUCCAGAGAAAUCCACCAUGGCUGCUCAGAACCUGCCUGAGCAGCAUGCUUCUGAAAGAAGCCAGAGUCUUCAGCAGACACCAGCCACAGGAAUAGCUUCAGCAGGAUCUAUUAGUGGAGACAUCAUUGAUGAACUGAUGUCUUCUGAUGUGUUCCCUCUCUUACGGCUCUCUCCUACUCCAGCAGAUGACUACAACUUUCAUUUAGAUGAUAAUGAAGGAGUUUGUGAUCUCUUUGAUGUUCAGAUACUAAAUUACUAGAUUCCAUGGAAACCUGGGACUGUUAUCUACCUCUAACUGUAACGUUUUAGGAUUCCUAAUAACCUAAGUAUUUAAAUUAUGAAUGUAACACCUUUGUAGUUCACUGACUCUAAAGUAUUCUUCCCUAGCGUUAAUGUUUUACUUCACAGAACUGAAAAGGGCUCUGACUGCUGCAAGGGCGAGGAUGAACUGUCUGCCAGCACGCCCUCCAAUAAUUACA